ACUUAGAAACCUACUUUGGGGCUGAAAUGUCCACCCACACUGGGCCCCUCGGAACAGCUUGCACUAAAAAGUAUCUGUACUUUACACGCUCAUGGCUGACUACAAGUUCUCUGGCUGUGCAUUUCUCUCAUGGUUCACUUAAAAACUGACACCCAGCGUGGUAUUCGCCAAUGUUCUGCCUCGCUUCCACCCUCUUGUUCUCUUCUCUUGUAUCUGCUCAGUUAUACGGCGGCGGUGGUGGGGGUUCACCUGCUACCACUACCUCUGCUGCUGCUGCUGCCGCUGCCGCUCCUUCUGCUCCAGCAGACACGCCCGGUCACGUCAACAUCGACGUUGCCUUCAACAACGGCUUUGUCUUUCACCCCGCCAAUGUCACCGCUUCCAAUGGAACCCUGGUUACCUUUUGGUUCCCAAACAACGGCCUGACUCACUCUGUCACUCAGUCCUCGUUUGCUGCUCCCUGCACAUUUCUUGCUGCCAAUGGCUCGUCCCCUAGUGGGUUCGACUCUGGUCUCACUGCAGGAACUCAGUUUUCCGUCAACAUUACCGACGAUACAAAGCCCAUCUGGUUCCACUGCAAACAGGUAGACCAUUGUGGCAUGGGAAUGGUCGGCUCAGUCAACGCCCCAUCCACCGGCAACACAUUCGAAAGCUUCCAGGCUGCUGCCAUGAGCAUCGGCAGCUCUGAGACACAGGAAAAGGAUAAUGGAGCGGUCACUGGUGGUGUCAAUGGCGUCGCCACUGCUGCACCUGCUACAAUGUCCGCUGCUGCAGGCUCAAGUUCGACGGGCUCGUCGUCGUCGUCAGCCUUGAGGCUCAUUGCUAGUAUUCCCCUUGCAGUGCUGGCCGCAGUGGUCGUCCUCGUACUUUAGUAAUACUAGAUCCUCGUACUUAGAUCCAUGGACUCUUUCAGAUUAAUUAUCGGCCCACAAUGACAUUUCUCAUCUUCACCAUCAUGAGUGCGUGCGAUUUGAAACACUACUACAUUUGAGCGCUUCUUCACACAGGUACCCUUGUAUUAUGAAUCCUUCACAAC